AUGUUAGUCUCUCCAAAGGUCAUUGAGCUUAAAGCUCCAUUCAAAAACACCCAGCAAACCCAGAUUGUGCACUUACAAAACGAUGCCGACACUCCGCUAGCCUUCAAGGUAAAGACAACGGCUCCUAGGAUCUACUGUGUUCGUCCAAACAGUGGUGUCCUCCAACCUGGUGCCACCGAAAACAUUGCCAUAAUCUUUCAAGGCUUGACCGAAGAACCUCAACUUGGGUCAAAAUGCAAGGAUAAGUUUUUGUUUGUGGGUGUUCCAUGUGACGGCAGUAUUGACCCUAAGCAUGUCUCCACCUCAUGGAAUGAACUCACUGAGGGAAAAACAACAUCAGAUACAAAGGUUAAGGUUGUAUUCAACUACGACUCUCCAAUGAAUACAAUUACCGAAGAGAAAUCUGUCAGGGACGAACCACAUCCUGCUACAACUAUCGAGCAAGCACCAAGAGCUGUUGAAGCCGUGGAGCCUAUCCAAAGAGACGUCGAGAGAAAUGUUGAGAGAAAUGUUGAGAGACCUGUCGAAAGAUACGUUAAGAAACAGGUUGAGGAACCAGCUCAGCCAUCAGCCAAAGCACCUGUUGAAUCAGUGCACAACUCUGUUAAGAAAGUACAAGCUGUUGAACCACCUAGUGUAGCUACUCAAGUCAAUACAACGGGAACGAACCAGCUAUACAUGUAUGCAAUUGUGGCCUUAAUUGUCGCAUUCAUCUUAUCUAGACUCGUAUAG